AUGGAGCGUGUCAAUAGAGAGGCGGAGAAGAAAGCUCUCAGAGAAGAGGCCGAAGCUUCUAGACGGCUUAGAAAAGAAUCAAAAUUAAGUAAGGGUAAGAAGUCUAAAAACAGCAAAGAACCAGUACCUCUUCCUCCAACACCACCGCCACCGCCAUCGCCGCCAAUCCCAACGAAAGCUCCAACACCAGAGCCAGAUGAAGAUCUAGAACCAACCCAGGAAGAAGUAGAUGAAAUUCUAGCAUUAGGUAACCGCACAACAACCGCAAAGCCAGCAUCUCAAGCUUUUAGUUUUUGGGGAGCUCCUAAAAAAUCGCCAGUGAUAGAGAAGCCAUCACCGAGCAAGGAUGAUAGGGAAUUUGGUAAAACUAAUCUUGCCGAGGCAUCCACUAAGAACCUUAUGGCUUGGGGCACGGGAUCAGACGAGAUUGCGAUUGCUGACAAAGCGAUGCGCCCAGAAACCUCUUCUAAGAGCAAGGACACGACAACCAAAUGGCCACCACCAUCAAUAAAAUCAAGCUUAUUGAAGAAACCAGUUGGAGGCACUAUCGCUGAUAGGUUAAGAGCAUUUGAAGCAAAUAAACCCCUUGAGGAGCCUCAUGAAUCUGAAGAAGAAAUAGAUGAAUAUUUCCCAGCACCUUCUCCACCCCCACCUGCUGCGCCGCCCGUGCCGACCAAGGAAGAAAGGAGAAAACUUAAAUCUUCCAGAAGAGACAAGGAAAGGUUGGAAGAUUCGGAAAUUCUUCCUGGUGCAUUCCCGGAUUCUGCAAACGGUGACGAAAUUAUCGAUAUUGUCGAGAUGCCAAUUCAAAAGAAAAAUAGGAGCAAAUCUAGUAAGAGCAAGGAAUUUUCUAGAGCACUUCCUGUACCCAUUGAACCACCGACACCACCUCCUGAAGUAGAUCUGGAACGAGAACAAGACUCGGAUCAUAAAUAUAAGAAAGAACGUCCUCGAGUUGUUCGCGAUGGAUCUUCUUGGGGAGCGUGGGGGGCAGAGCCUCGCAAGGAAGAAAGGGAGAAAAAGCCAUCCAGGGACCGUGAGCGUAGAUCCGAUGAGCCUCAAAUCACUAGAGAGGAGAGAAGGUCUACCAGGGAAUCCGACCCUCGGCAUUCUAAAUCUAGAAGAUCAUCUACUAGAGAGGAGAAGACUUCUUCAUCAAAAGACUCAUCUUCGGACAAAGCAGACAAAGCCUCCAAGGGAGAUAACAGGCCACCAGUUUCUAGGGGAAUUUCAAAUAUGUUUGGACCCGCUACUCCACUAUCGAGGUCUAAUUCAAAAUCUGAAAAGCGACCAAGUAUGAGUAGGACAAGCUCGCGCCGACAAUCUGUCAACAUGGAUAGCUCAAACUACGCAACUCCAAUACCCGAUGAUUCUCGUGAGCCCCCUCCAAUGUCCGCAAAGGCUGCAAAAAUGUUUGGUAUCGGUGUCCCUGGCAAGCUUUCAAGAAGCAAGUCCGAAAAGACCAGGCCAUCACGUGAUGAUGACGUGGUAGGUGAUGACGUGGCAGAUCCUAUUCGUCAGAGAUCUAGUCGCGAUAGAAAAGGAAAAUCAAAGGUAACUGAUGACUCAAUGUUUGAUGGGCAAGCGCUACCACCUGUACCUAUGCCUCCGCCACCCAUGGAUAUACCAAUUCGAAGGAAGACCAGGCCUACCACAGACUGGACUGCUAGCGCUAGAGCGUAUCAACAAAGAAGACAAGACGACGUCGACAUGGAGGAGCAAGGAGGUCCAUCUGAAAUCCCAGGUACACCGGGACUUAAACGAACUGAUUCGAGUGCUCGCAAAUCUGGAUUGGGUGGCAUGUUUGGCGUCUUUGGAAAAAAAGAUAAAGAAAAGGAUAGACCAGACCUUAAACGUCGUAGUACGGCCCCAGCUGAAGAUGAGAACCGUGCAUACAGAAGGGAUGAACGAAAGACUAGACGAUCUUCUAGAGAUGUAGAUCCCGAGGUCACCAUGACAGGUGCCAUUUCCGAGGAAGAGAAGGCGGCAGCAGAAGCAGCUCGUCGCGACAGGAAGGAUAAGAGGAAGGCUGCUGCUGCUGAGCGCGACGCAAAUCAAAGAGGUACGAAGGAUGUACAAACGGCAAAGGAAGAGCCAAGGAAAGAGCGCCACAGAAGGGAAGAGAAAGAUGAACGUCACCGUGAGGCACGACACACUGCUAAACGAGACAGGCGACCUGCUGCUGAAGCUGACGAACCUCGAGUCGAAGAGGAGCGAGAGGCCGAACGAAGAGCCAGGAAACGGAGAAAGGCUGCCCAAGUAGAUGGCGAGCAACGAGGUGAAGAUCCAUAUCGGUCCAAACAUCGACGCAGUCACAAAGAUCCCGACGAUGAUGAAGCACAUCGGAGACCGCGGACAGAACGGGUAAAAUCAUCGGAUCCUCGAAAAUCGAGUCGCAAGUCUGCACCUGCUCCAGAGCCGGAAUUUCUUCCUGCAGAUGGCCAAGUCCACAGUCGUUCAAAGCCCAGGUCUCCAGCUUGGCCUCAUAGUGGUACAGGUUCUUGGGUGAAAGAAAAUGCAGAUGCACCCCCUCCACCCAACUCCCCCACGCGUGAAGCAUCCCCUGUUGAUGAAACAUAUGCCGGAGAGGCUGUCAGAAGAGAAUUGAGAAGAACAAGGCUAGGGGGAACUGAACGACGAAGGAAAGAUGAAAGAUACGAAAAGGAGAAGGAGAAAGAGAGGCCUACAAGAAGCCCAGAAGGCAGUCAAGAAGAUCCUCCACGAGAAAGUCAAAGGGACUCCGGUUUCGAGACGUCCCGCGCGCCGAGUGCUUCUGCUGGCUUCUUUGGUCUCCGGAGGAAAUUUGGGUUUUAA